AUGCAGGCGCUCCUGCUCGCCCCGGCGCCGCCGCCGUCCCUGCCGAGCCUGAGGCUGCGGCGGCCUCUAUCCUCUGGCCGAGUCGCGCCCGCGGCGUGCGUCUCCGCUCCCCUGCGCACGGCCGCCCUGCGCGGCGCGGCCGGACGAGGCGCUCCGUCGCGCCUUGCCGCGGCGCCGCCCGGUCCCGCCGAGCCGGAACCCGCGCCUCCGUCCGCCGAGGAGGAGGCCGAGCGCGCCAAGCUCGCCCAGGUUAGCAAAAGACUAGAGAAAACGGCACGGUAUUUUAAGAGCCUGGGGACCCUGGGAUUUUGGUCCCAGCUGGUGUGCACGACUGUUUCGGCUGGGAUUUUAUCGUUCUCGGCAGUUGCUACAGGGAAUGCUACAUCUCCGUUUACGUUCUAUCUGACUGCACUUGGCAUCGUUGCAGCCUUUUUCUCGGUAUUCCGGUCAUUUGGUUACAUCCGUCUCUCUGAAAGGCUCGGGAGAACAUCAAAGGAGCCUGCAAAGGCUCCUCCCCGUGCCGAUGUUGUUAAAAACCUGAGGAACAGCAUUGCACUCAAUGUUAUCGGAAUGGGUGCUGCACUUCUUGGGAUGCAGGCAACAGUUGGUGCUUUGGUAGCUAAAGCUCUCACAACCUCUUCGGUGCCCUACUACCAGGGCAUAUCCGCUGGCCAGAGCCCUGUUCUUGCUUUAGAUGUUUUCCUUGUCCAGGCUUCAGCCAACACCAUCCUCUCACAUUUUCUUGGGCUAUCGAGCUCGCUUGAACUAUUGCGGUCCGUGACAAUCUCUCCAGCAGGGGCUGGCCUCACCCCCCGACCCGCAUGAGCCUACAGUUUGUCCAAACGGGGUGUCUGACUCCAGUUUUUUGUUUUCUUUUUGGUUCUGCAUUGUAUUCUGGCAGCGGUUCUUUUCUUUUUUGUGCUUAGGUCAUGUUUGGUGAUAAGCAUCAAUAUGUCCAGUUACCUUUGAUUUUACUUCUGUGCAACUAUUUACAUAUACUUUAUGAAGAAAAAAAUUGUCUCGUUGA